AUGAGCGAGAACGAGGAAGCCAAGCCGGACAGCGGCGACGAUCCUGCCGAUCCCGUCGUCAACGGCUCCGCUUCGGUUAGACCUACUGUCAGUUUUAUUUUUUCAUUUUUCAGCAAUCAGCAGUCUUGUGAAAACUGAAGCGCGACAUUCAGGAUACCAACUUUGACAAAAAAAUGAUAUUUCAAACUUUUCUCCCGUUGCUAGAUACUUUUGUUCACAUUUGGAACCAACUCAAAAACUGAAAAUUUCAAAAAUUGUGCCAUCUUUCUCAGCUCAAAAUUAGAAGUUUCCGUACAUUUUAGGCAAAAGAAUGGUAAAAAAAAAAUUAAAUUAAAUUUUUAGUACAUGUCAGUGAAAGUAUUUUUAAAAAAGAAACGUGAAAAUUUUUGAAAUUUUUUCCGAUCUUUAUCAAUGAUGAAUAACUUUUGAGCUAAAUAAACCGAUUGCAAUGUUUCGAUAUUUUUUGGUAAACUGCUAAACGGAUGAGUUCUCAAGUUUAUUGUUGAAAGAACUCAUUUUCGAAUUGAUAAUUCUACUAUUCCCGAAAAAUUGACUCUAAUUUUGUUAAUGGACGCCUUUUCCGCACCAUGAUUUUUUUUUGAAACGGUCAAAAUUUAUUCGGCUUCAAAUGGAUCACCAAAUGUUUCAAAAAGAUAGUAUACGGAAAAAAUCAAUGUAGGAGCAGUUCACCCAAAAAACUUUUAUCUGAGAUUGAAAUCGCUUGAAAAGGGCCGAAAAAAACAAAGUUUCAGCGUGGUGGAAUGUCGGACGCUUCGGCUCUUCUGAUCGAGGAAGGUCUGUCGCUCCUAAACCUCAAAUCUUCGGUCAUGCCAACUCUACGGCCGCCGUCACCUGAACUUUUCACACGCAGUCGUUCGGCGAGCCCUGAUUUCGGCAUCUCCUCUCACGCGUUAGUUAUUUUUUGAAUAUUAAAUGGAAGUAAUGUUUCUACCUGAUGAUUCAGACUAGUUUCUCGAAAACAUUUCAGCCAAUUUUUUUGAAAAAAAUUCGUUUUGUCAAUUGCAUGAAACCCAAGUUUUUUUGAAUAGUUUUAUAUUUAUUCUGAUAGUUUUUGUUCAAAAAAAAGACCGUCCAAAAAUGUCCCCAAAUUAUUGAAAAUUGCUAGGUCAAGGAAAAUAAGAAAUGAAUUAGAAAAUGUUUUUUUAAAUCCAUGAAGAAGCUAAUUUUUUUUUCAUUUUUAUUUUUGCUCAAAUAGACAAGCAUAUUUUUUUGAAUUUUUCUCCCUUAAAUCUAUCAAACAAGUUCUCAUUCAUAUCUUGGAGUGCUCCUUUUUCCUAGUGCAAAAAAAUGAUUUUUAAAUCUAAAACUUUUUAAAAAAACAAGGAACAAACAAAAAAAGCAGAAAAAAAUAAAUAAAUUUUUGAGUACACUGCACUUUUUGCCGUCUGGAUAAAAUUUCACGAAAAACUUUAAACCGUGAGACUCUCACGUUGCAAAAAUCUUCGAGGUUUCGAGUAUUGGCGCGUGAGCUCGUACGGGGAAAAACGCGAAGCUCUCAUCGUGCACAAACAUCCAACAACUCUCUGAGGAAUUUUCCACGCAAGAAGACUUCUCAUCAGAAAACUUGCGUUCGAAAUUAAAUGAAGCUAUUUUUCAUUUCAAAAAAAGUUCAAAAGUGCGAUAGGAUGUGAAGAUUUUCAGACUCGCGCAUGCAAGAACUCCGAAAUUCAAGCGGAUCGAUUUCGACGAUCGCCUGGAAGACUUGAAUGAGAAAAAGCCUGCGUGGAAGUCGUGGCAAGAAAACGUGAAAGAUUCAUAUCACAAGGUAGUCUGUUUCUCCAUUCUCACAGAUGUUUGUUAGUCCCCAUCGGCUCACCUCCCUUCGUCAUCUCAUCUCAGAGAAGUUUGAAAUGAUCACUUGAGCAUAUUCAGGCUAAACGGUCUGUAGAAAGAAAAAAGGAUGAGAAUGAGUUCCUGGAGAACACCUUGAGCCGACCCAGGAGGAUACGUGGCGAGAGCCCAUUCAGACAUCUCGAUUCGGAUACCGGCUUCAUUCCAACUGUUAGGUACAUUUUUGACCAAGACUUUUUGAAAAAAAAAAUCUUCAGAAGUCGUACGAGUUUGAUGGGACCUUCGCUAUCUGAUAGAUCUCGAUUGGCUACCUCAUUGUCUACCAGUAACAUGUUCAAUGGUGGGUAAUCCAAGUGAUUGUGAUUUUAAAAGAUAAAAGUUGAUAGUUUUUUUUUUCAACUCGAAAGUUAGUUUCGAACUGUUUCUAUAAUAGUAAAAGGUUGUCUUUUUACUCUCUGUACUCACCCCGACAAAUUUCCAGCUGGCUCGGGACCAUAUGCAGCUCCAGCCGUCAAUUUAUCUCAGGGAAUCGAAUCUCGCUACGAAGAACGAGCUAACAAUGUUGAACUGGCGUAAGUUUAUCGAAAAAUCCUAUUUUCUGCAUUUCUCAUUUUUUUUUUUGAAAAGAAAAUUUAGACUUCUUCGUACUGCGCCACUUCCAGAAAGAUACAAGUCCAUAACAACUAGAGAAUUCCGAAGAGCUCCAGAGCCCUCGGCCGGAAGUUUCUCUGAAAAUGAUGAUUACGACUUUUCGGUGAGUCAUCAAGGCCACAAUCUCCUUUCUGACGACAAUUCUCUUACAGAGAUAUGCACCAAAACCAUAUUACUCAAGACCAAACAGGGACGAUCCAGAUUAUUUUGAUUUUGACCUUCAGCAUUCAGUGAACCUUUUCAAACGUCCUGAAGGAAGAUAUACGCCAAGAGGGUAAAUUUCAAUCGAAAAAUGAUGACCAUAUGACAUUCUUCUUAGACCUCAAGACUGGGAAAGCAAAUUGGUAAACGAAUCAACCGGAAAAGGAUCAGCGCCAGUUUCUGGAUACAUGUUCACCAAGGUAUUUUAAGCUUCGUGUAGAACUUCCACGUAACGGAAAAUGUACGAGACUUCCACGCAGUCGAAAAAAAACGCUUGAAUUAUCUUCUUUCAGUUGCAUGCGCCAGGAUCUUUUCCUUUGACAUGAAAAAAGCUUUUAAGACGUUUUUUUAGGAAAUAAAAAAUAACGAGUUUUGGUGAAGAGUUUUUGUAAAGGCUUGACCAUUUACUCGGUACAUAAAAAGUGGUCAAAAAUUUCAAUCUUUGCAUUUAUUUUUGAUUUAUUUUUCAAAGCAUUCAAUUCAGUUUUUUUUUCCAGGGAGACUCGGACUGGAGAUCAAACGGUUCAUCUUACUUGAGUGCGGCUUUGCGUACACCAAAGUUCUGGGAGCAGCGGUUUGAAAGCAUUGGAAAAAGUGUGCGCGAUAGCAAUCCGGUCAGCCUCGACAGUAUCAACAGGUCCAGUGAUAAACUUUUCGCAGUCUUUCUUCAUCCUUAGAAACAAUUCAAACAGGGUUUUUAGAAGGAUACGUAUGUUGGCUGAUCUACGCAAGUAAGCCUAGCAAAACCAAAAAAACUUCUAAAUCCACCCAACCCAUCUAUCAAAGAAAAAAAGCGCGUCUUGACUAUUUUUGGGAAGUUAAACAGACUUUUCUGUGGUCAAAAUGCGCGGAGGACUUAUUUUUCCUGAAUUUUUUCUAUCGAUAAUAGUUCCGUACAGGCUUCUGUUUCCUUGAUAUGAAAAUCAAUGGAAUGCUUUCUGAUUAAAAAAGAACGCUUUCCUUACUCAACGCCUUAAACAAGUACAAUAACAAACCACCAAAAAGCUCACAUAUGGAAUGCAGAAUUGCACUUGCAAGGAAAUUUAAAUAGGCACGCUUUUCUCACAGAUAUCUUGUGAAACCUUCUUUGAAGGCGGAAGCCAUUUUCUCAGCACUAAAGAACUUGUCAGCGCUUCUACUUUGACCUCUAGAAAACAUUUCUAUGGAUUCCAAAUUUCUGAAGCAUGAAUCCCUGAAAAAUAAUUUUAAACCUCUUGCGAACAUGACAAAAAUUUUUUAGGAAUCGGCCAGUGACUAGCCGAUUCACCGAGUAUCGUGACCCAGACUACGAAGAUUACGAAGACCCGCGCGACGAUGAUUGA